GACAUCCGCCUCUCCGUCACAUCAGCAGAGUCUCCAUCACCGUCUCCAACUACGCUGAACUCCUGCCGAGAAGCGACUGUACAAAACAGAAAUAAAAAACAGAAACUGCGUCUCAUCCGAAGACUGUCAUCAAUCAUCUUCAUCAUCGGACAUGACGGCCCCGAGUCAGCGCAGAUACACUUUUGAGGAGUACAAGGACACAGCAGACUGGCUGAUGACCAAUACCCAGCACCGUCCUAAAGUGGCCAUCAUCUGUGGUUCAGGCCUGGGCGGUCUUGCUGACCUGCUGGAGGACAAAACUGCGUUCGCAUAUACAGAUAUUCCACGUUUCCCCACCAGCACUGUGCAGGGUCAUAGUGGUGAGCUGGUGUUUGGCCGGCUGCAGGGCUGCGAGUGCGUCUGCAUGAAGGGCCGGUUCCACUUCUACGAGGGCUACGACAUACAAACGGUGACAUACCCGGUGCGAGUCUUCUUCCUGUUGGGUGUGGAAACUCUGAUCGUGACGAACGCAGCAGGGGGGCUCAAUGGCACCUACAACGUGGGGGACAUCAUGCUCAUUAAGGAUCACAUCAACAUGCCGGGCUUUGCAGGGCAGAACCCUCUGUGCGGGCCCAACGACGAGAGAUUCGGAGUGCGUUUUCCUUGCAUGUCAGACGCAUACGACCGUGACCUGAGAGCACUGGCCAAGAAAACAGCAGAGGAACAGGGCUGCAACGGCUUCCUGCAGGAAGGGGUUUACUGCAUGCUGGCCGGACCGACAUAUGAGACCAUAGCAGAGUGCAGAGUCCUGCAGACUCUCGGGGCUGACGCUGUGGGUAUGAGCACAGUCCCGGAGGUGGUGGUGGCUCGUCACUGCGGCCUGCGCGUCUUGGGUCUGUCCCUCAUCACCAACAAGGUUGUGGCGGAUUACAACAGCAAAGAGAAAGCAAACCACGGGGAAGUGCUGCUGACUACCCAGCACCGGACCCAAGACCUUCAGAGGCUCGUCAGUCACUUGGUCAGCAAGUUGCGGUAACCAGGAUGUAAAGCCAGACAGUUUUACGGGCUAUUCAGAGCUUUGAACAAAAAGAAAGAAAUCUGCAGAUAGUUUUACAAGUUGAAGGAUAGAGAGAGGAUUACAUGUUAUUGGGUAUUUCAGAUGGUGCAUCCGUAGAGGGUUCUAGGGUGGAGGGCACAGUAAAGAAAUAUAAUAUAUAUAUAUAUGCCAUAGGACAAUGAAGGGUGAACUUGACGUAAGGAAAUGUGGAGAAUGCAGACAUCGUUUCAUAACAACAGUUAAUGGACAUGUCUAAAAUCUGUGCACUCGCUUUUGUUGUUGGUUUGUUUAAAUCUAAAUUAUUACGAGAGCAAAGAUCAUGACAUAUAAUCACAGUAAUACCGUUUCAAUAUUUAUAAUGAAUGUAUUCCCAUUGGCCCUGGAACAGGGAAUAAUCAUUGUAACGGUAUUGCAGCAGAGGCUUUCUGUACAACUGAACAUUGGUGUUUCUGGGUGUUUCUCCCAGAGCCUGUCAUGAUCAAAACAAAUCUGUAGGGCAUUUCUCACAGCUGAACCAUCGAAGUGCAUUGAAACUGUCUACUGAAUACGAGACCUUAAGGCCAGAGAUGUAUUUGCUUUUAACCAUGCAUUUGCGGGUGAAUGUUUGCUGCCAUUUUUUUUCUUUUCUCUUCUAAUGUACGUAGAACCACACUGUAGCCGACACUGAAUUGAAUGAGACUGUGUCAUGUAGCGCCGAUCAGCCAUAACAUUAAAACCAUAAACAGGAGAAGUAAAUAACAUUGGCAACUCAUGUUCUGCUAGAAAACCUUUGGACUUUGGUAUUCUUAGACAUGUACCAGCCACCUAGACCAGACCAGGCACCUCCACCCGCAGGAUGCAGCCUGACACAGACACACACACAAAACGGUUUAGGGACAACUUAAAAGAACAGAACAACGGCACCAAGUGUUGACCUGGCCUCCAAAUUCACUAGAUCCCAAACUGAUCAAGUAUCUGUGAGGACGAUCCAUAGAGGCUCCUCCUCUCAGCCCAUAGCAACCAAAAAAACCCUAUAACAACAAUAAAUAAUAGUUUGGAAUUAAUAAUGAGCAUUGUUUACACAACAAGUGUUUGGCGUAGAUCUAGCAAAUAAAACCCAAGUCUUUCAUAUCCUAUUCUCAUAUCCUUUUCGUACGGGCAGGAGAAGUGAAUGGUAGAGUGGUAAAGUUCUAGGGCAAUUCGGGAAUAAGAAUGGAGUUAUUGUGAAGACCGAGUUUCAGUACCAUUUUAGAUGUUGACAUCUGAGACUGUGACAGGAGGGUGUUGGAAGUUCUGAUGGUGCGUCUCGUGCACUAGUCACCCAACGUUUUUUUUUUACUGUAAUUUACUGCAAAAAAAUGAAGCUGCUAAUAACAGUAAUGUUCUCUACGGCCUCUCCCGUGCCCUCUAGUGGGCUCUUCCAGCUACAUGAUUCACGAUGACUACGCAAAUGCAUGGCUAAAAAUAAAGUUUAUCUCCAUCCUGGGACUUUAUUGGGCUGACAGUGUAAAAAGUAUUGAGUUUUUACCUCAGUUUAGGAGUACCGACCGGUGCUCCAUACUCAUUUGUUACACUCUUUACGUCUUAUUUACAUUCAGCCUGGGCAAUGUAUACGCCCUCUACCUGCGGAUGCCUCAUCUUACAGCUGGGAGAUGUAUUCAGAAGACACCGUUCACUCAUUACCUUAUUUUAGCUAGAAAUCAAAGUGGCUAUAUUAACAUUGAUCUGUGAUUGAGAGUUCUGUAUUUUUUUUAGGUUAACAAUUAAAUAUAUAAUAUGCUAUUUUAAUAGAAAGGUAUAAUAAAUUUAAAUGGCAUGUCAGUCCAAAAUCUUUUUGGGAUGUCGGUCUGAAAAGGACAGUUUGAGCUGAAUCACUCACAAACUGUGGUGGAGGGCUCUUAGUUUUAGUGCUCUUGUAGAUCAGUGGAGUUUAUACAAAAACAGAAAUUUAACAAAUCAACAUAAAAGCACAGUCUUGUUUUUUUAAAGAAAUGGUGAAAGUCGCAGACUAAUCUGGGCAAAGGGCAGUGACGUAUCAACGUUUGUGUGGGGGCCAACUGAUUUUUGGAUCAGUUUUUCUUUUUUUUUCUUUUUUUGCACACUCAGAGACCGCAGCACUGUAUUAUCAGGAAGGUCUAAUUCCUGGACCAUGAAGGUUUUUAAUCUUUGCUGCGCAAUCUGAAGCCUCCUUCCAGCUUCCCCUCGGCCGUCUCAUUCAUUAGAGCCGGAACGGCCAAGAUCAGCAGUCCACCUCUUUGUAGAGCGUCUGUAUCAGGCUGAACAUGGAGAUGCUAAUUCCUAAAGGGGGAUUCCACUCAAACAAAGAAGUGGAGCGUUUUUAUUUUUAUUUUAUAAAUGUGUAAAGUACAUAAUAUCCAAGACUACUGAAUCUAUGUACUGCUGUACUUGCUAUUUUCUGUACAUGUAUGGGCUUUAGUUUCCUGUUGUCUUCCUUAUGUUUGUACUGUACUACACUUAAUCUCUGUAUGGUCAGUUUAGUCAUAUGCACUGUACUCAGGUUUCAGGUUAGAAUCAAAUUCACUCAUGUCAUGAAACAAUUUUUACAGCUUAUUUUGCCGAUGAUUAAUAAAAACUUGCAGAUGA